AUAAUUGCAAGUCUACAAGGAAGGGUUUUAAGUUUAGUAUGCGCUCACUGGCUUCACCAGGGCUAUGUGCUCGCCAUAAAGAUCUGCAACUAAGAAGCCGACGCACCAGGGCUUGCGUAGUCUUGUCGGCUUCCUCAUCGGGGAGCAAUGCAGGAUGGCCCUCGCAGCAGCCUCAGCCGAUGGGCAUGAAGCUGCCGAACCAGGCGGACUCAGUAUUUAAUCCAAAGGAUUCAAGUGACCUCCUCCUUCGGACACCUGUGCUUGACGCGCCGACGAAAUCGGUAUCGGACCUGGACUAUCUCUCGGAACUCUUGGCGAUCCAACAAAGCGACGGGCCCAAAAACUUGGGCUUCUUCGGGACGCGUAACAUGGGGGUCACGCACCAGAAGCUCGUAGAAAUCCUUGCGUACGCAUACGCGUCAACUGGCAACCACAUCUUCACCUCGGGCGCCACGGGGACCAACGCGGCGGUGAUCAAGGGCGCGUUGCGGGCUAACUGUCCCGACAAGCUGACGGUGCUGCUGCCGCAGAGCCUGCACAAACAGCCGUACGAGUCGCAGGAGCUGCUGCAGCAGGUCCAGAACUUGACAGAGAUGCCGCAGAACGACCACCUGCCUCUCAUGGAGGCUAGCAGGAUCUGCAACCGGAAAAUCAUUUCCCAGAUUCAGCAGGUGGUCUGCUUUGCUUUCCAUGACUCCCGGUUACUGUUGGAGACGUGCCAAGAGGCCAAGGAAAUGAAGAAGAUCGUCACGCUCUUCUACUUAGACUAGCGGCAUCCCUGAAGGUGGAGAGGGGCUGCUGACGCCUGGCGGCGUUAACCCAAGCAAGUCAACCUUGCAACAAGUGCCGUCUCUCAACCCCCUUGUGUGUUAGGAAAACUGGCCGCGAGUCGGAACGCAUCCCUCUUGUGUGUGUAGUGCCGAAAUAAGACAAGUGCACACGCGGCAUAACCUGGACCAUUGUCUUCAAGCAAACGCCUCAUUAGGCACUACACAUCGUCGUACAGAUAUGUGUCAUGUACCGGCACGUGGCAUCGUGUUGUCACUAUUGGGCUUAGCUGAGCCCUGCAGACAACAUUGCACAGCUCUUGCCUUGAGCUUACAGCACAUGUCCGUGGGAAUGGCGAACGGUCGCUGUCUGGGUGACAUGGGCUCUCGCCCGUCAACUAGGGACGUUAGGUUGACGUACGCACGCCACUUGUUUAAUAGCCCUUCAUGCCCUUCAGGGCUUACCUGGGGCCAGAACCAGCGUGCCUUGCUACCGUUGCAAGUGCAAAGCAUGCGAACACGCGAAUUCACGUGCUAAGGGGGCCUUAAUCUUAA